AUUGCGACUAUCAGUCUGGAGCUCACCGCCUGACCGAGGAGGUGAAAGUCGCGCCACGGGGAGAUAAAGCGCCCCCCCAAAAAAAGAGCGUGCGCGGGUUCCGUGCGUGGGCGUCCGACGCGCCUCAGAAAGUAAACAAGCGAGGUGGAUUGUUUUUUUGGCCGGGUGGGGGGGGAGUACUUUCGCCGGCUCCGACGAGAUCCCGAGAAAAGCGAGGGCAGAAAGGAAAAGAGGGGGGGGAGGGAGGAAGAAUAUCUGUGCGUGCUUUUUUCCCGCGUGGGCUCAGUACGUGAGUGAAGAUGCUCCUGGACGCAGGACCUCAGUAUCCCGCCAUAGGAGUCACCACUUUCGGCUCCGCUCGGCAUCACUCAACAGGCGAGGUGACGGAGAGGGAGGUGGCGCUGGGCAUCAACCCGUUCGCGGACGGCAUGGGCGCCUUCAAAAUCAACCACGGCUCCCACGAGCUGGGCGGCGGGCAGACGGCGUUCUCCUCGCAGGCGCCGGGCUACGCGGCGGCGGCCGCCCUGGGCCACCACCACCACCACCACCACCACCCGGGCCACGUCGGCUCCUACUCCACGGCGGCGUUCAACUCCACCCGGGACUUUCUGUUCAGGAACCGGGGCUUCGGGGACGCGGCCGGGGCGCAGCACAGCCUCUUCGCCUCCGGGGGCUUCGCCGCCGGGCCGCACGGACACUCGGAGGCGGCGGGCCACCUGCUCUUCCCGGGGCUCCACGAGCAGGCGGCGGGCCACGCGUCCUCCAACGUGGUCAACGGCCAGAUGCGGCUGGGCUUCUCCGGGGACGUGUACGGCCGCGCCGCCGCCGAGCAGUACGGCCACGUUAGCAGCCCGCGCUCAGACUACGCCUCCACGCAGCUGCACGGCUACGGGCCCAUGAACAUGAACAUGGCCGCCCACCACGGAGCCGGGGCCUUCUUCCGCUACAUGCGGCAGCCCAUCAAGCAGGAGCUUAUCUGCAAGUGGGUCGAACCCGAGCAGCUGGCCAGCCCCAAAAAGUCCUGCAACAAGACCUUCAGCACCAUGCACGAGCUGGUCACGCACCUGACCGUGGAGCACGUGGGGGGCCCGGAGCAGACCAACCACGUCUGCUUCUGGGAGGACUGCUCCCGGGAGGGCAAGCCCUUCAAGGCCAAGUACAAGCUGGUCAAUCACAUCCGCGUCCACACCGGGGAGAAGCCCUUCCCCUGCCCCUUCCCGGGAUGCGGGAAAGUCUUUGCUCGCUCGGAGAACCUCAAGAUCCACAAAAGGACGCACACGGGAGAGAAGCCCUUCAAGUGCGAGUUCGACGGCUGCGACAGAAGAUUCGCAAACAGCAGCGACCGCAAGAAACACAUGCACGUGCACACGUCCGAUAAGCCCUAUUUGUGCAAAAUGUGCGACAAGUCCUACACGCACCCCAGCUCCUUGCGCAAACACAUGAAGGUCCACGAAUCCAGCAACCCCGCUUCCCAGCCGUCCCCCGCCGCCAGCUCGGGCUACGAGUCGUCCACCCCCCCAACCAUCGUGUCCCCGUCCACAGAGAACCAGAGCAGCAGCUCCAUAUCGCCGGCGGCCCCCGCGGUGCACCACACGGCCGGCCACAGCACCCUGUCGUCCAAUUUCAAUGAAUGGUACGUGUAAAUAUUUUUGCAAACACACAAAACAAAAAAAAGACUUUUGAAUUUUGGACGGCAAAGACUUUGAGGGCAAAAGUGGAGAGCAAUCAGUGAAAGAGUGCAUGGACCAAAAAGAGAAAAGAAGGAGCCAACUUUGUUCCAUCCGUUUGCUUCUUUUUACCGAAAGACUCCAAAAGCUGAAUUUUUUUGUACAUAUCACCAAAAUGGAGAUGAAAUGUAAUAUUUUAUUUUGUAAAUAGUUCUACGACAGCCGAUAAAGUGCUCCCUUGCUAUGAAGAAUGUUCUAGUUGUGUACCAAAUGUGAAUGAUGAGUAUUCCAGUCUAGCGUCCAGCUAACACACUAGUAGUCAUGUUUUUUUCUAAAUGUAUAAUUGUUGUUAUUUAAAUGUCAUGUCGAGCGAUCGUCUAAUAGUGAAGCUGUUUAUUAUGUACGUGAUAAAUAUACAAAAAAAAAAAGAGCUGUGUUGUCUGAGAGGAAGUAUUAUUAUGAAUAAUAUUAUCAUGAUGAAUUACAUGUAACUGGCUCAAUUUUCCAUAUUUAUCCGCAUGUUUAGAAGUGGUCGGUAUUUAUGGAGAAAUGCGCUCGUAUGUCCAAAUUUAGUUUCAAUAAAACAUACAAAUGUUUGGAUACAUUUCGUACUACAUUAAAGGACUGAAAAGGACACGGAAUGUUUAUUU